AUGCUGCUGCUGGCCGCCGCGUCCCUCGUGGCCUUCGUGCUGCUGCUCUACAUGGUGUCCCCGCUCAUCAGCCCCAAGCCCCUCGCCCUGCCUGGGGCGCACGUGGUGGUUACAGGAGGCUCUAGUGGCAUCGGAAAGUGCAUUGCUAUCGAGUGCUAUAAACAAGGAGCCUUUAUAACUCUGGUUGCACGGAAUGAGGACAAGCUGUUACAGGCAAAGAAAGAAAUCGAAAAACACUCUAUUAAUGAUAAACAGGUGGUGCUGUGUAUAUCAGUUGAUGUAUCUCAAGACUAUAGCCAAGUAGAGAACGUCAUAAAACAAGCUCAGGAGAAGUUGGGCCCGGUGGACAUGCUUGUAAACUGUGCAGGAAUGUCACUUGCAGGAAAAUUUGAAGAUCUUGAAGUUAGCACUUUUGAAAGGCUGAUGAGCGUCAACUACCUGGGCAGCGUGUACCCCAGCCGGGCGGUGAUCGCCACCAUGAAGGAGCGCCGCGUGGGCAGGGUCGUCUUCGUGUCCUCCCAGGCCGGGCAGCUGGGCCUGUUUGGGUACACAGCGUACUCUUCGUCCAAGUUUGCCAUCAGGGGACUGGCGGAGGCUUUGCAGAUGGAGGUGAAGCCUUACAAUGUGUAUGUCACAGUUGCCUACCCACCAGACACAGACACCCCCGGGUUUGCAAAAGAAAACCAGACCAAGCCUUUAGAGACACGUCUUAUUUCAGAGACCACAUCGGUCUGCAAACCAGAACAAGUGGCCAAACAAAUUGUUAAAGACGCCAUACAAGGGAAUUUCAACAGUUCCAUCGGCUCUGACGGGUACAUGCUCUCGUCGCUGACCUGCGGAAUGGCUCCGGUGACAUCCAUCACGGAGGGGCUCCAGCAGGUUGUCACCAUGGGCCUCUUCCGAACGAUCGCGUUGUUUUACCUUGGAAGUUUCGACAGUAUUGUUCGUCGCUGCAUGAUGCAGAAGGCGAAAUCGGAAACUAUAGACAAAACUGCCUAA